CGCCCCGCCUCGCAGAUCGCCGUUGGCCAUGGCUGUGUGCGCACGGCUGUGCGGGGUCGGCCCGGCUCGGGGCUGCCGGCGGCGUGGAGCUGCACGGGAACAACGGCGGGGAGGAGGAGCGGACAGCGAGCCCGACACCGACACGGACCCCGAGGAGACGGGAGGAGGAGGAGGAGCUAGUGUGGAGGACGAUGAAUUGACGGAGCGCAUCGAGUGCGCCGGGCCUGCUCCUCACCCCGCUGAGGUAGGCCCGAACGGACGGGCCCCGCUGUCCAUCCUGGAGCUGCCCCCGGAGCUGUUAGUGCAGAUCUUCGGCUCGUUGCCCGGUACCGACCUGCCCAGCUUGGCCCGGGUCUGCACCACCUUCCGCCGCAUCCUCCGCACCGACACCAUCUGGAGGCGGCGCUGCAGGGAAGAGUAUGGUGUCUGUGAAAACCUGCGCAAGCUGGAGAUCACAGGAGUGUCCUGCAGGGAUGUCUAUGCCAAACGUAUAAACCCACGGGUGAAGUCGGGGCGUUUUAUGAAAAUCCUUCCCGACUACGAGCACAUGGAGUACAGAGAUGUUUACACCUGCCUGCUGCACCGAUACCGACACAUCCUGGGGUUGUGGCAGCCAGACAUCGGGCCCUAUGGGGGACUGCUGAACGUGGUGGUGGAUGGUCUGUUCAUCAUUGGAUGGAUGUAUUUGCCACCUCAUGACCCUCACGUCGAUGACCCGAUGAGAUUCAAACCUCUCUUCAGGAUCCAUCUCAUGGAGAGGAAAUCUGCAACAGUUGAGUGUAUGUAUGGCCAUAAGGGACCUCAUAAUGGCCACAUCCAGAUUGUGAAGAAGGACGAGUUCUCCACCAAAUGCAACCAGACAGAUCACCACCGUAUGUCAGGGGGAAGGCAGGAGGAAUUCCGGACGUGGCUGCGGGAAGAGUGGGGUCGCACACUGGAGGACAUCUUCCACGAGCACAUGCAAGAGCUCAUCUUGAUGAAGUUCAUCUACACCAGCCAAUAUGACAACUGCUUGACAUAUCGACGCAUCUACCUCCCUCCGAGCAGCCCUGACGACCUCAUCAAGCCAGGUCUCUUCAAGGGAACGUAUGGGAGCCACGGGCUGGAGAUUGUCAUGUUGAGCUUUCACGGAAGGAAAGCUAAGGGGACUAAAAUCACUGGAGAUCCCAACAUCCCGGCUGGGCAGCAAACAGUGGAGAUAGACCUGGCUCACCCCCUGCAGCUUCCUGACAUCGAGAACCUUCGUGAUUUCAGUGAGCUCUCCCGCAUCGUCCUGGAGGUGCAGGAGCAAGUGCGGAGGGAGGAGCAGGAGGAGCAGCAACGGGGAGAGGACGAGGAUCGCUCUCAACAAGCUGCCUCCUCUCCUGCUGCACAGCCCCAAGGAGGAGAAGGUGCUGAGGGGGAAGAGACUGCAGCUGGGGCAGAGCGGGCAGCCCAGGACAAGGCUCCAGCAUCACAGCCCUUCGUGCUGCCCAUGGGGGUCAUAUCAAGGAACGAGGACUAUCCCCGGACCUGCCGCAUUUGUUUCUAUGGGACGGGGCUCAUUGCUGGCCAUGGAUUCACCAGCCCCGAACGAACACCCGGUGUUUUUGUUCUCUUUGACGACGAUCGCUUUGGUUUCAUCUGGCUGGAGCUGAAGUCCUUCAGUCUGUACAGUCGGAUCAAGGUCUCCUUUCAGAACGCAGAAGCUCCUUCCCGAGAGGCAUUUGAUGAAAUGCUGAAGAAUAUUCAGUCGUUGGCCACUUGAUGGGUGAUUGGUGAUGGACAGGGCUAGGGGCUGCAAAGGCUGCUGCGCUCCCCGACCAGAGAUAGGCUGGGGAUUCCUUGCUCUUGGUACCUCUGAAGGAAAGCAUGCACUUUUAAUAAAGCCUUUUUACCCCCCUCAAUGUACACAUCCCUGUUAAAAAUACCCACGAGUGCCCUUUCCUCCCCGCUGCCCCCUCACUGUUCCCCAUAGCAGUCUUUGGUACCUGGUCUGUAACGUAGCUUUGAAUAGCUGAAGGGACCCUGCAGAGGGAGGACACGGAGCUUUCUUAUUGCAAAGAAUGGACUGGAACCAAAAUAACUGAAGCUCAGAGUUGGAUCAUGGAACAUCUAAUGAACUGGAUGGACACGGACUGUCAGGGUGGCCAUUAUGGGUUCAGGGCUGCCUCCCUCAGCUUGUUCCAUCCCAGCUGAUUGCUGCUUGCACAGAAAGCUCCUGAGCUCAGUUUCUUUCUAUACGAUGCCUCUGUGAGCUGCUGGUAGGAGUGAGCCAGGUUCCCCAUAGGCCAUCAUUCAGCUCAGCAAUGCGCCAUAGGAAAAUCCUGCCCAGCUAAAUCUCCAAACUGUGAGUUGUGCUGCAAACCAUCCCAGCCCCUUUUGUUAUGAAUCCUCUCUCUGUAGGAGGAGAUAAUUGGGAUCUUUGUAUGAAGAAGAAGAGCAAUUGGUGAGGAAGGCGUUGGUUGCAAGUUGAACACAUCCUUUAUUGCAUUCCCCUCCCCAGCCAUGAGAUGGGUUUGUCUAACAGAACUCAGCAGGUUUUGCUCUGUAAAUGUGUGUGUGUUGUGCAGGAAGGAUCUGAGCCCUCCCUUACGGAGCACUUUGAGCUUUUUAUUCUCCCUCUCAGAAGGGCUUUAUGCCAUUUGUGGCUCCCUCAGGCUGUGUGAGAACCGAGUCUCCAGCAGAGAUUGAGAGCAGAAGGUCACAUCCAUCACAGGAUUAAACUCCUGGCUCUUCGGGUAGAGUUUCACAGCCCUCUGGGAAUAGUGAAGGUGAUUCUUCUUUGCUUCCUGCUGCCUUAUCACUAGUGGUAAAGCUGGUUGUGUGUUAGAGGUGAGGAUCUGAAGUGCUGGUCAAUAAGCUGGAACAGCUGAGCAGCCUCAACCUGGCAAAGAAAUAAACCAACCCUGCAGUUCUGCAGAGCUGCCUUAAUAGCUUUUUGCUUUUCUAAGACAGAAAAUGAGCCUGUGUUGUGCUGCAAGCUCAGCCUGGGGCCUGAAGCACCGAGUUGAGCAGGUCUGCUCCUGUAACCUGCUGUGUUGGGAGUUAGAACCUGCAGCUUAAAGCCUGCAAUGGGCAGCAGGUGGCAGGAGAACCUCGGCUCCAUGUGCUGCGAUAGAUGGCAAACAACCAACCUGCCUGGAUGGGAAUCAUCCUGAUCUGGACUCAACACAAAGAUCCUCCUCCAGCCCAUUUGUUUGCAUUGGGCCCGAUGCCGUCGCUAUAAAUGCACUGUGACAGCACCGUCCUUGUGCUAUUUCCAGUCCACGCUGUUUGUUUUAUGGCAGGAGGAGCAAAAAAAGGGUGGAAGCGAUUGUAACACGGCGACACUGAGCCCUGCAAUGGGGUUUGGAUGGCGACUAAACAGGAGCAUCGUAUUGGGGAGGGGGCGGAUUGAAUCCACGUGGUCCUUUUACAUCUGAUGGUUGUUACCCAAGGAGCCUUUUUCCAAUUUCAAACAACAAUAAUAAUAAAUAAUAAUAAUAAUAAAGGAGGUUUUGUGAACUCA